AGAGUGACCCCGAUUACGCGUCCAGGAAAAUAUCAUCUCGCCGCCCUCCCUCGCCUUCACAGCUAAGUGGCGCAACCAUCCCGACACGGCGGCGGGCGUGCCGCGCCGCCAUGGCCUCCUCGUCUCCGUCUACCCCGCUCUCGCCGCCAGGCUAGACGCCGAGCUCAUCCUCGCCGCGCGGAACUUCUCCGCCUGCCGACGAGAGCGGCGCCAACACUCGACGCCUUUUCCUCCUCUCUAUGUGAUGCCCCUCGGCGGCGCAGGACCCGUCCCCUCGCCUUCGCCGCCGCCUCCUCCUCUCCUAACACCCCCUCUGUACCUCCACCUCCCCCUCCUCCCCCUACCCAUGCCUCUCCGUCUUGUCCCGCCCUCGGCCAGCGCGGCCGCCUCCGCGCGCGACCUUCGCCCGAAGCCCUCUUAGUCAUGGGACCCUAAUGACGAAUGUCGUCGGCACCAGCAGCUGCACGCCUGCACCAUGUCCCUCAUCCUCCACCACCUCCAGCACGCGGGCUCCUCCCCGGAGGGACCCCAGCAGGUCAUGGCGUCCCCACCGUCGCACCCGCUGCGGGGGUCGGUCGAGGACGUGUUCCGCGCGGACGACGGCGUGCACCUCAAAGUGUUCACGGGUUCGAGGAGGGGUAAGAGGAGCGGGCGCUCGGGACGCGGUUCCCGUGGGAGCGCUCGAUGUCGUGCGGCGGCUGGCGCGGUUGCUGACAUCGAUGUCGGAGCUGACGCUCCCCGCCACCGAGCUCAGGCGGCUGUGGCACGCGGCCAUGAGGGCUAAAGUCCAGAACCAAGGUCGGCGGCGCUGGGGUUACGCGAGAGGCCGCCGGCCAAGCAGGAAGCCAAGAACGCCUCCAGCGAGGCAUCUCGCUCACCCGCCGGGUCACGCACGCUGCACGUCGCCGGCGAGGCAUACCUCAUUGGAGAAGCCGAGGAAGCUGUUUUCCCCACGCCAUAACUGCUGCCUGCAAGAUGUUGGACAGAAUGCUCUAAUGCCGACAUGGCAACAUUUGAAGCUAAGGAAGGCAGGAGGUGUCCGGCCAUGGUGGUGCAAGUUCAUAGCAGAGCAACGGCCACCAGGCACUCAGGGCGAGAGCCAGAGGUGGCGCAAGUGCGCAACACAAGUGCACUGCAGAGAGCAGCGGCCACUGGCUUUGCGGUACGACGAUAGUCAGAGGAACAAGUACAACUAUGCGGCCUCUAAUUUCAGAAAGUACUGGAUACCAGUGCAGCCUGUAGAACCCACACCUCUGCUAGGUUCAGCUGAGUUGAAAGAUAUGGUGAAAUGGUUGCAUAAUGGAACAGAACAGACUCAUACAGUUUUAAGGCUUCCUUUCUCAAUUGACAUUUAGGCGUCAAUCUUGAUUCUUUAAUUGCGGACAAGAUGUGGAAAAGGUAAAGUACCUGCUGAAGCCUGCUCACCCCCGUCAGUUCAAGCCGUCCAAUCCAUCUCCUUCCAUCACCUGCACAUCAGCAAGACUUUCAGCUACAUUCUACUACCACUGUUCUUCGACGGUAACACCAGCUACAACCAGGACUACAAGGAUUGUCUACAACCAUUCUGCCUUGGAAAACCUAGCUGACUAACUGGAUCUGUUAAUUUAUCCAGGAUCAGACGCUAAUUUAUUAAGGAAUCUUAUCCUUGAUCUGCUACUGCCAACAAAGGAAGAAUAUUAAAUUUCCUUCAACGAAUGCAAAGGUCAGGUGUAUCAUCGAGCAAACAAGGGAUGGUCAGGAGAAAUUGCUAUCGGACUGGUAGCUGGUACUAAAUUAAGACUUUUCUCAGUUGAGGUAGCAGCGCCGUUGUUAGGUUCCUCUCUAAGCCUCAUUAUUACUCUACCAUUAGAGGACCUCCUUACAAAACCCGUUAGAUUUGCUAUUGCCUUCUUUGUGGCCUCAACAAUUGCUAUAUUUUGGAAAAAGGUCCUGUAGUGGCUCAUUAGAUGCUACAAACUGAAGCCUAGGAAAGUGCCAAGCUGCAUAGCAUCUUUCCCUACCAUUAUCAACCAGGCUCUACACCCAAACAUGGCCAACCUGAGAUACUUCCUCCAGUUCCUAUAUGAAAACAUUUGCACAGCCAUCACAUCAGGCAGUUUAGUUUGGACACUAGUCUUCUGGAGAUGCUUACCAAGUACAGAGAGUACCAUGCAGUUCAAGAUUGCCACAUCUCUCCUCCUUCAAGUGGUCAUCUCUUUUAUGAUAAACUGUGCCAAUGCCAUGGAAAGCACAUGGCUCAAAUUCGAGCCUCGUUUGAUUGCAUUUGCGCAGAAACUCUCCAACUACUUCGGUCAGCAGAAUUAGUGGCACAGUUGAUCGCUUAAAGAUCUUAUACCACCUCUUGCUAUUAGCUGUAGAAUUGCUGCACUUCCCUGAAGACGAAAUGAGCAUGUUGAAGCCAAUCGUCAGAAUUCCAGCCCAAUCUGACAGAAUGAAAUAUUUUAUUAGAAUACUGUGCUACUGCGUCUUCACCUACAGGCCUAAUGCUGCCUGGGUCUAUGUUCGGUUUCCUACCAUAAUGAACUUCUUAGCUAAUUUGAUGUAUCACUGCAGCUAAAAACUUCAAGACUGCUGGUUUCUUAUCUUCAGUUUCCUACCAUAAUGAAUUUCUUAGUUAAUUUGAUGUAUCACUGCAGCCAAAACUUCAAGACUGCUGCUUCCUUUCUUCCAGAGGUACUAUGUUCCAGCUGUUGCUUA